CCGGGCCCGGCCAGGGAGCCCCCAGGCCGCGGCUCGGGGGCCACCCCCCCCGCCCGCCGCCCCGCGCAGCCCGGCGGAGGCGGCGCCGUCGGAGGAGGAGGAGCAGGGCACUGCGGCUGGCCCCGGAUCGGGCGCUAGAGCGGCAGCGGCUUCGGCAGCAGCGGCGGCCCGGGCCGAUGCAGCGGGACGCACCGCCCCGAGCCCCAGCCCCGGCGCCCCGGCUCCCCGCGCCCCCGAUCGGGGCCGCCGCCAGCAGUGGCGGCGGCGGAGGCGGGGGCAGUGGCGGCGGCGGAGGCGCCUCUGCAGCUCCGGCUCCUCCUGGCCUCCCGGGAACUACAAGUCCCAGGGGGCCUGGCGGCGGGCGGCGGGCGGAAGAGGCGGGGUCGGCGCCGCGAGGCCGGAAGUGGCUGUGGAGGCGGAAGUGGCGCGGCCGCGGAGGGGCCUGGAGCACGGCGGCGGGACCCGGGGCGGGAGCGGCGGCGGCGGCGGCGGCGGCGGCUGGGGGCGGCGGCGGCGGCGGCGGUGCACUGGAGGCGGCCAUGGCAAAGCAGUACGACUCGGUGGAGUGCCCCUUUUGUGAUGAGGUGACCAAAUAUGAGAAGCUCGCUAAGAUCGGCCAAGGCACCUUCGGGGAGGUAUUUAAGGCAAAGCACCGUAAGACCGGCAAAAAGGUGGCUCUGAAGAAAGUGCUGAUGGAGAACGAGAAGGAGGGGUUCCCCAUCACAGCCCUGCGGGAAAUCAAGAUCCUCCAGCUUCUAAAACACGAGAACGUGGUUAACUUGAUUGAGAUCUGUCGAACCAAAGCUUCCCCCUAUAACCGUUGCAAGGGCAGCAUAUACCUAGUGUUUGACUUCUGCGAGCAUGACCUUGCGGGGCUGCUGAGCAACGUCUUAGUCAAGUUCACGCUGUCCGAGAUCAAGAAGGUCAUGCAGAUGCUGCUCAACGGCCUGUACUACAUCCACAGAAACAAGAUCCUGCACAGGGACAUGAAGGCGGCUAACGUGCUCAUCACCCGCGACGGGGUCCUGAAGCUGGCAGACUUCGGGCUGGCCCGGGCCUUCAGCCUGGCAAAGAACAGCCAGCCCAACCGCUAUACCAACCGUGUGGUGACGCUCUGGUACCGGCCCCCGGAGCUGUUGCUCGGGGAGCGGGACUACGGCCCCCCCAUUGACCUCUGGGGUGCCGGGUGCAUCAUGGCGGAGAUGUGGACCCGCAGCCCUAUCAUGCAGGGCAACACCGAGCAGCACCAGCUUGCCCUCAUCAGCCAGCUCUGUGGCUCCAUCACCCCUGAGGUGUGGCCAAACGUGGACAAGUACGAGCUGUUUGAGAAACUGGACCUGGUCAAGGGCCAGAAGCGGAAGGUGAAGGACAGGCUGAAGGCCUAUGUGCGUGACCCCUACGCGCUGGACCUCAUCGACAAGUUGCUGGUGCUGGAUCCCGCACAGCGCAUCGACAGCGAUGACGCCCUCAACCACGACUUCUUCUGGUCUGACCCCAUGCCCUCGGAUCUCAAGGGCAUGCUCUCCACCCACCUGACGUCCAUGUUCGAGUACCUGGCGCCGCCGCGCCGGAAGGGCAGCCAGAUCACCCAGCAGUCCACCAACCAGAGCCGCAAUCCCGCCACCACCAACCAGACGGAGUUCGAGCGCGUGUUCUGAGGGCCGGCUGUCGGCGCUUUGCAUUAGGGCAGUUUUAUUUUUUCUCCUGCUGUGUGACUUGCGUUGUGGAGGUUAUGGGGCAUUUGAGUUCUCCCUAGUGCUUUAUUUUAUUUGAUCCCCACCCUGGGCACUGGGAACGCCAGCUGAGUGGACUGGAGGAAAGCUUUGGCUGAAAGCCCAGGAGGGCACUGGGGCUGCCUCCCCUGGUUCCCUGGCUUUCGAGAUGAUGACCAGAGGGUCUCCAUUUACUUUCAGACGGGAAUGGGGUGGGAGGAGAGGCACACCCCACCAGUGACUUGACCGGAGCAGGGGACAGGCCCCUGGCCUCUCGUCAGCCCGCCUCUCGAGAUGAGAAACUUGCGUGGGGGAUGGAACCAGCCUCGGGAACGGGCUGGUCUUGGCCCAGCCCUCGGAAGCACUGGGGCUGGCAAAAACUUGGUUUCUUCAAUAGAAAAUUUUAUCGUGUUUCUUUUGUUCAGUUGUUUGGAGACAUUGCUGGACACAGUUUGGUCAGUUACGAUUAAAGUUGACUCUCUUUUUUUUUUUUUUCACCCCCCAGUAAGUGGCUGUGUGCUGUGUUCUGUGUUCAGACCGCCAGCCCUUAACCCUGUGGCCAGCACGCUGGGCCUGAGCACUGAGGUUUGAUUUGUCGAGUCUUGACUUUUUUCUUUAUCCCCGUCCAUGUUUCCGGACGUAAUUGCAGAGGACUUUCGUCUUUGUUUUUCUUUUGAGUAUCUUCUGGAACACUGGUUAUGAUGCUCCCUUAGUUCUCUCCACUCAGUGUCCGAGGAAGAGGGAAGACAGUUGCGACAGGGUCGCAGUUCCCUGGAGAGGGAACCCGGGAGGGUCCGCGAUAAGCUGCGUCUGCAGCAGAGAUCCCAUCUACUGUGGCUGACAGACACGCUCAAACUUGACUCACAGGCACAGGAGGCUGCAGAAGGCUCUUAAUCAGAACGACAACCGUUAGAUCUGUCACUUUGCAAAGGGCCCUCAGGCUGCUGAGUAGUGGGUGGCUUAGGAGAGGCAAGAGAGAAAGGACCAGAGCAGUCGAAGGCUCUCCAGGGGCUUGGGGAGGUGGCGGCCACCUGGAUUAGGAUGUGAGUGGGCAGGAGGACAGAGAACCAUGUGGCCGUUGGAGUGUCAGGCACAGGAGCUUGAAUCCUUGGACGAGAAGCACGUUCUGGUGGAUCUGUUUCCUGUGAGCAUGAAGCUCAGGACAGACACGUUUGAGGCAAAUUCUUCUACAUUCUGGUCACAGGAGGAGGCCUUUUGAAGGGGGUCCCCAAAGGAAGGUCGGCAAAACCUUUUACCAGAACUGUCCCUGCAGAAAUUGACCCAGAUCUCAGCUUCACAAAAGGCCAGUAGAAGUAAAAAAAAAAAAAAAAAAAAAAAAA